CUGAGACGCAUGAUCUUAGCCUGACUAGACGAGCAUGCAAUGACCCAGCAGCUCUCGUCGGCCGCGUCGCUCAUCGGGCUGCAAGUGGGCUCGCGCCUGGCCACCUUCGUCCUCACCCAAGUCCUCGUCCGCCUGACGUCGCCCGAGAUCUUUGGCGCUGCCCACAUCCACCUCGAGCUCCUCCUGGCCACCGUCCUGACGCUCUCCCGUGAGGGAUUCCGCGGCGCACUCGCACGGCGCUCCCUCUCGCCAUCGUCGUCGUCGUCGCCGUCUUCUUCCUCGCCCUCCUCGCUCCACGUGCGGCCGCCCAGCUUGCAGAAUGUCGCCUUCCUGCCCGUCCCGCUCGGCCUGGUCCUCGCUGUAUGCGCGACGCUCAGCUACCGCACCUGGCUCGCACCCGAUGAACUGCGCGACCAUGCGCACUUUGACGCGGCCCUUGCGACGUUUGCGCUCGGUGCUGCGCUCGAGGUCGUCAGCGAGCCGCUGUACACGCUCGCAAUCGCCUCGGGUCGGCUGGGCACGCGCGCAUGGGCCGAGGGCCUCGCCGUGGCCGCAAAGGGCAUCGGCACCCUCGCCGCCGUAUUUCUGCUUCGGCACGCCGACACAGACGGACGGAGCCUGCUGCCCGUCGGAGUCGGCCAGGCCUGCUACGGUGCCAUGACGCUCGCUGUUCUGGUCACUGCUACGGCGCAGUCGAGUGCAUCGAGGGGACACACCCUGGCCAUGCUGCUGCCGAGCUUGUCUCGCUCGCAAAAGCCGGCGGCAGAGGGCGAGGGCAAGGGCAAGGGCACGCAGCAGCGCUUCGACGCACAGACGAUGCAGCUGGCCACGACGAUGAUGAGGCAGACGGUCGUCAAGCACGUCCUCGGCGAGGCCGAUAAGUUUGCAGUCGCCCGCCUGGCCACGCUCAGCGACCAGGGCGCCUAUGCCCUUUCCACAAACUACGGCUCGCUCGUUGUCAGGAUGCUUUACCAGCCCAUCGAGGAGUCGGCCCGCAUCAACCUCUCUCGCACCCUGGGCUCGCUCUCUGGCAGUGGUGACAAAAAGGCAGAGGGCGAGGCGCUGUCCUCGGCCACCUUUCUCCUCCGCUCGCUCCUCUCUCUCCACGUCCUUCUCGGCCUCUUUCUCGUCACAUUCUGUCCUCCCCUCACGCGGGCGCUCCUCCUCGUCGUGGCUGGCCCACGGUGGGCCUAUGCGACGCCAGCCCCGGCCAUCCUGGCGCUCUACGGCUCCUUGGCCCUGCCUUGUAUGGCCUUCAACGGCCUCCUCGAGGGCUUUCUCCAAGCUUGCGCCAGUCCAGACCAGCUCAGACGGUACGACCGCCUCCUGAUUCUCGCCAGCGCCACUUUUCUCGCCCUCGUUGCGACCCUCUCCUACGCAUCGGCGGCGACGGCGGGGACUGCAACGGCGAGAGAUAAGGCAGGCCAAGGCCGGAGCCAGGGUCUCGGCGAGCAGAUUGUCAUUGUCGCCAGCUCGGUCAGCAUCGCCAUGCGCGCCGCCUACAGCUGGCACUUUUCUCUCGCUUAUGUCAAGCACGCGAGGCAGCGGCUCGCUCUAGAUGAAAAGCCAACAAAGAAAGAGGACAGCAACGACGACGGCGGCUUCUCGCCGAGAGCCGUCCUGCCGCACGGCGUCACCGUGCUGACUUUCCUCGCCAGCGCCGCGGUACUGAGGUGGAGCGAGGCGACGACGCGGACGUAUGCGCCUCCGCGCGGCUGGAGAGAGGCACUCCUGCAGCUCGACUCGCCCCUGGCAAAGCAUGUCGCCCUGGGCGUCAGCUGCGCGGCCCUCUGUGCCGCUUGCUGCAUCUCUUUGGAGGGAAAAACACUGAGGAAUGCCCUCAAUGCAAUCAGAGGACGCCGUUCCUCUUGAGAGGCCCUCAGAUGGGCGAUGUAAUCAUAUGAAAUAGAAGCGC